AUGGAAGUUCAAUUCCAGGAGAGGAUGGCGGACCUCAACACCGUCAAGGCAGAGAUCACAGCGGCACUCCAGCGAAUCAACCCGCCAUCCGCAUUUCAAGAAAAUGCCCGGAGCAUUCGCGAAGAGGUCAAGUUGGCGAUGGAGGAGUUUCGCAGGCCGGUCACCAUCGAGCUUCAGGAGAGCAUGAAGUUGGCAGUGGCGGACCUCGUCGCCAAGCGACAUUGCCUGCCAGAGCUCAAGGAGAAGGUCAACAGGUUGGAGCAAGGCGCGAACCAGACGGUGAGCCAAGCGGACGUCAACAAGCUGCAGGGUGAAUUGGCCGACCUCCGUCAUUCAAUGGAGCUCCAGGCAGCGCGGUCAGACAGCAUGGAGAAGGAGCUCAGGUCUUUGGCGGCAGAGGCGAUCGCUCAAGCGAGCAAGCUGGAGAUGGAAUUGGUGCUCGCCAAAGAGGAUUCGAUGGCGGUGGCGACGUCCGCUUUGGAUGAAGCGAAGAAGGUGGCGAAGGAGGUGGUGACGGCGAGAGAGGAAACCUCGCUGGUGGCGAAGUCUCUGGACGCAUUCCGAGAGAAGGUCGACUCCGCCAUGGUCUUCACCGCCUUUCACCCAGAUAGACACAAUGUGUAG